GCUUCUACCCGGAGCUGGGGCCCUACAGCUCCCGGGACCCCGAUGUGCUGCGUGAGCACAUGACCCAGCUCAAGGAAGCCGCCAUCGGAGUCCUGGUCCUGUCCUGGUACCCACCUGGCAUGGCUGAUGAUAACGGGGAACCCUCAGAUGACCUGGUGCCCGCCAUUCUGGACACUGCCCAUCAGCACGACAUCCAGGUAUGGCUCUCAUGGUGCAUUUUACCACUAUAAGAACAGCAUGGGCAAGAGCCUCCCACUCUUUUAUAUCUACGACUCAUACUUGACAUCACCUGAGGCCUGGGCCCACCUCCUGACACCAAAUGGGCCUCACUCAAUCCGCAACACCCCCUAUGAUGGGGUCUUCAUAGCGCUGCUGGUGGAGGAGGGCCACACACAUGACAUCCUGGCCGCUGGAUUUGAUGGCAUGUACACCUACUUUGCCUCCAACGGUUUCUCCUUUGGCUCCUCGCAUCAGAACUGGAAAGCUGUGAAGAACUUUUGUGAUGCCAACAACCUCAUGUUCAUUCCCAGUGUGGGGCCUGGCUACAUUGACACCAGCAUACGGCCCUGGAACAACCACAAUACGCGGAACAGAGUCAAUGGCAAGUACUAUGAGACAGCCCUGCAGGCGGCCUUGACAGUGAGGCCUGAGAUUGUCUCCAUCACCUCCUUCAAUGAGUGGCACGAGGGCACCCAGAUAGAGAAGGCCAUUCCCAAGAAGACACCAACUCGCCUGUAUUUGGACUACCUGCCCCAUCAGCCCAGCCUGUACCUAGAGCUGACCCGCCGCUGGGCAGAACACUUCAUCAAAGAGAAGGAGCAGUGGCUGAUGUGAUAAGCAGGCAUGUGGUGCUGAUGUCCCAGCAUCAAAGGAAAAUGUCACCAUGUGGGGCUCAGCUGAGGUCUUGUCCCUAAGGCAGCAGAUGGGUGCUUCUGGGUGAGCCUUUAGGCCUAGGCCCAUGUAGAACAGAGCCCGUUCCUCAGGCAAGUGGCGCUGGGGUGCUCUGCAGUGAUGGGAAGCUAGGCAGUGUUCCAGAAAACAAUAGAAGCCGACAGGUGACUGGACCAAGCCCAGGGAAGCCCACAGCCUCAGAACACUUUCAUGUAAUCCCUUGUAGUUGAACUCUGUGGCAGGUUGGUGUUGUGUCAUGGAGUCACCCUGUCACUGCUCUUGGAAGGGCAUCAGGGUUCUGGGCUAGCAUGCACGCUGCUCCCUUCUGCCAGCCUUUGUCCUUUCUUCAGGCUGUUCCCAUAUCAUCUAUCUUCUCUAAGUUAGGGAACCAUAUUUGAGACCUUCUAAAAGGGAACUUCUAGGUUUAAGCUCCUCCCAGUAGAUUCCUGAACCCAAUUAUCAGGAAAUUAUCCUGAGCAUUCACUCAUUCGAUACCCACUAACCGAGCACUUUACUAUGUGCUAGGUGCUGGGGAAAACUUGACCAAGGAACAGUUCCUGUCCUCCUGAAGCUUACAGGAUCCAGCUUUCCUUAUUUGGUGUGGCCUUGUAGCUAGUGCCUGGGCAGUUAUCAGUUUUUCUUUUUUACAGUUUCACCCCCUGCUGGGAGUUGUUCUUUUUCCUCUUUAAGAAAAUACCUCUGUGCUCCAGAGCCUACCUUUUCCCAGGUGAACAUUUAGCUCCAGGGAGAGGACUAAGGACACCCCUCCCUUUAGCUGCCUGAAUUGAAUGAGGCCCACUCACGAAAGCCAUUUCUAGUGCUACUGUGAUAUUAAAGAUGGAGUGGUAUUCUCAA